CAUUACUAAGCCCUGAAGUUGCCAAUUAAGAACACCAUGUUGGUCGUGGUCCUUCGGUUGGUUUGCACUGCCUUUUACCUACAGGUGACCAUGUGCUACCAAUCAUGCAAUUUUUAUGGACAAAUCGCUUACUGCCCGGGUCAGGAGCACUACUGGGUUCCAGUUCUACCUCCCAGCAUCACCCACCUCUACCUGGACAGCAACUACAUCAGUGAGAUCAACAGCACCUCGUUGAGAUCCUACGAGGAGCUGCUGGAAUUAGAUCUUGGAAACCAGAAAGUAGUCCUUGUCAUCAGGAACGAUUCUUUUCUCAGGCAGAGGAAGCUGACCCGGUUGGUUCUUGGCCUUAAUCCUGGACUUAAACUGGAGCCGAGGUCGUUUGCAGGACUGUCCAAUUUACAAAACCUAUUUUUGGAUUAUUGCUCCCUGACAGAAUCCAUACUGGCAGAAAAUUAUCUGGAGCCACUUUUGUCUUUAGAAAUGCUUAACCUCUUUGGUAACCGUAUAGAGAGGCUCCGUCCUGGUCUCUUCUUUUCAAAUCUUACAAAGUUUACAAACCUUAACCUCAAACUGAAUCAGAUUGACAGGUUAUGUGAAGAGAAUCUAGUUGGUUUCAGGGGCAAAUAUUUUACACUCAACAUUCAUUCCAACCAAUUAUUCAAAACAGAUUUUGACUGGGGCAGCUGUGGAAACCCUUUUAAAGGAAUGGGCUUCAGACUUCUUGACUUAUCUAGCAAUGGAGUAAAUUUGAUGAGAAUAAGACAGUUUUUCAGAGCCAUUAAUGGAACACCGAUUGGUCAUCUUGUGUACUCUGGACUCAUUGGGAAAGACUUUUCACACGACAACUUUCCUGAUCCGGAUAACAACACAUUUGAAGGCCUUGAGAACAGUUAUGUUACUAUUUUACAAAUCCCUAAAAAUCGGAUUUUUGCUUUACAGAGUGAUGUCUUUAAGCCUUUAAAAGACGUGUUGAUUAUUGACAUCUCCAGUAACAAAAUUAAUCAGAUUAACAGAAACGCCUUUCGUGGUCUCCAAGGACAUCUAAAAAUACUCAACCUGUCAUCAAAUCUGUUGGGAGAAAUAUAUUCGGACACAUUCAACAGUCUGACAGAACUUGUAAUCUUGGAUUUGUCUUACAAUCACAUUGGUGUGUUGGGAAGCAAAGCAUUCAGAGGUCUUCCCAAAUUACAAAAUUUACACCUGACAGGGAACUCACUGCGAGAUCUGGGUUUUCCUGAAUCGUUACCAAACUUAAAUAUUCUCUUCUUGGGAGAUAACAAGUUGAAUUCAGUCACACAAAUCAGUCGUUUUGGCAUGAACAGUGUCUAUGUAGAUGUUUCAGAUAACAGAUUAACAAACUUGGAGGAUAUUUAUGAAAUUUUAAGUCAUUUCAAGCAUCUCCAGUAUUUAUUUUACGGUGGCAACUUCAUCAGAUACUGCAUGGUAAAUCAGGCAAAAAUCCCUCAUAAUAAUAGUUUGCAAGAGCUGGAUCUUCAUGGCGUUUUUCUGCAGCUGGUUUGGUCACAGGGGCAAUGUCUCAACCUGUUUGAUCAUCUCAAGAAAACGAGACAUCUAAAUAUAAGCUUCAAUUCACUUACGACUCUUCCUCAGGGGAUUUUCAGCGGUCUCAGCUCGAUUGUAGAGAUCGACCUUUCGUCAAAUGCCUUGACCUAUCUGCAGGCAGACGUCUUUCCGGUCAGCCUGAAAAAACUCCACCUUUCAAACAACUUACUAGCUUCCCCUGAUCCUGUGACUUUCCAGUCUCUCAGCUUCCUCAGCCUGUCAGCAAAUCGCUUCCACUGCAACUGCACGCUGGUGAGCUUCCUGAAUUGGCUGGACAUGACCAAUGUAACCUUCAUGAGCCCAGUAGAAGAGUACAGAUGUGAGUUUCCAGCUGCCGUCCAUAACCUUUCCCUGCUGGAAUACGCCACGAUCAUCGAACCCUGUGAGGGCGAUGAUGAAGAGGCUGUUCAAGCUCUUAAAUUUGUACUUUUUAUCUUCUCUGCCAUCCUCAUCAUCAUUGUUCUACUCGGUGGGAUUAUUUACGCCCGUCUACGUGGGCACAUUUUUAUCAUCUACAAAAAGAUUGUCGGCAGAGUUCUUGAGGGCCCAAAACCUGCUCCUGCAGAGCAGAACUGGCAGUACGACGCCUUCUUCUGCUUCAGCAACUGUGAUCACAGGUGGGUAGAGGAUGCUUUGCUGAAGAAGCUGGAUAACCAGUUUUCAGAGGAAAACUUGCUUCGGUGUUGCUUCGAGGCCAGAGACUUCCUGCCUGGUGAAGACCACCUCUCAAACAUCAGAGAUGCCAUCUGGUGCAGCAGGAAGACUUUAUGCAUCGUCUCCAAGGAGUUUCUUAAAGAUGGCUGGUGCUUGGAGGCGUUUGCGCUUGCUCAUGGUCGGAUGUUGGAGGAGCUGACAAAUGUCUUGAUCAUGUUGGUGGUAGGGAAGGUGGCUCACUACCAGCUGAUGAAGUGCCAUGCAGUCAGAGCAUUUGUCCAGGGGAGGGAGUACCUCACCUGGCCAGAGGACCCUCAGGACCUGGAGUGGUUUUUUGAGCGACUUGUCUCACAGAUCCUUAAAGACACCAAGGUGAAAAAGUUUGUAGUUGACAAGCCUGAGCCUGCAAAACCUGAAUGUCCGCUGGAUAAAGGGGACCACAUUCCACUUGAGAACAUUAGAGCGAUUGUCACAGAAACUCCACCUUCAUGAUAGUUGAAGAAAACUCCAGCCUUGUUAAAGACUGAACUGUUGGUUUCUUUUAUAAACAUGAAAAUGCAAACAACUGAUAUAUUGCUGACUUUAUCACACCUUUCGAUAAAGUUAGAAUUAUUACAUGGAGAUAAGGUGUCAAAGAUUAAAAGGAAAAGAACUUUGUUGUCCAAAAAACAUUAGAAAUAAACUAAAAAUAGAUCAAGAGCAGGAGUAACAUAUGAAAACUAUACUAGUAUUUGGCAGUACACUGGUUCAAACUGGUAACAAGUUUUUACUUUUGUUAUGAUAUGAGUUUAUCUUGUAUUGGUAACACUAGUUUAAGUGGCCUACGAUGGGAAUGUGGUGCAGCAGGAAACUGUUUGAGGGGGGACCUUUUUCACUGCUGCACCACUAAACAUGCAGCAGAGCAGCUGUGAUGUGGGAGAUAUUGAAACUUAAGAUGGUCACCCUCCAAAUCCUCAGGUAAAACUGAAAAAUCUGAAGGACACUGGAAUCAGAUGUCACUUGUGGAUGUGUUUGCAAGAUGUUCUGACUAUGACAAACAAGCAAAGGAUCAACUCCACAAGACCUGGUUCUGAUGACAAGUUCUUUAGGGAGAAAACGGAUCAUGGGACUUAUUUGUUAUAAUAAGUUUGUUCUAAUGUAAAAUUCUCAUGACAAUGAAAUAGUCUGUUGUCGGCCAAUCUACUGCAGCAAACCCCCUGCAGCAGGGGGUUUACUGACAUCACUCCCAGAGGCAGCAAAGCAGCUUCUUGUCAUCAUAAAAUCUCCACCAUGUUUUACUUAUGACUGUGAACUCGUGCACUGCGUCCACAAAGAGUCACAUUUGGUCUCCUCCAUCCAUCAAGCAUCAUCUCUAAAAGAAGCGUCUAUGAAAGCUGUUGUAAACAUAACUCUUUCCUCUUUGUGCCUUUCUUUAAACAGCAGUUUCCUCCAUGGCUCAUAAUAACAACAAGGCUUUAAAUCACAACAUCAGCCUGAAGCUCACUGGAGUUCUCACAUGUCGUACAUAUCUGUGAUAAACUGUUGUAAAGUAAUUAAAAGAUGUCAAAAUGUUUUAUUUCAUUGGGAGAAAGCUUUUUUAGCCUUUGUACAAUAAUUGUGAACAUUUUAAUACUAUAUUCAGAUAUGCAGUUGUAAUAAAGUUUUCAUUCAAGAGCAUAAAC